AUGGCACCAUUCCAAAAUUUGCCAACUGAGUCAAAAGUGGAUAAACUCAAGCCGUCAGACGGACCAACUAUGAUGACUUCCCAAGCUUCAUUCUCUGUGCCCAUGACCGGCACGCAGCCCUUCCUGGCACCCGCUUUUGCUGUACCGCGUAGUCAACAAUCACUAUCAGAAUAUCCACCACUCGUGCUCUUUGCUGCUGCAGAGCAGGCCCAGCAACAAGAGCUACAACACCAACAAAAGCUAGCAGUAAACGUUCGGUCUCUUCCACCUCCGCAGUCGUCAUUCCGGCGGCCUGUGACGCCCUCAUUGAGUCUCAAUAUUAGUCCCAGAUUGCCGUCACUUGAAGGCUUGCUGAAGCAAAUGCAGACCAAUUCGCCCACCACUUCCGCUUCACCGUCGCCGCAACACUCCCGCCCCGCCCCCGUGUCGCGCUGUUUGUCGCCUAUGCCAUUCCAGCGAUCGCUAAUUAGCCCUGACAAGAAGAAGAGCGUUUAUUAUACAGCAACAAUGCCUCACACCCCGCUUCCAAGCGUCGCUUCACUUUCAAUGCAACAGUCAGGUUCGUUGAUGGGGCCGACCUUUUCAGUGAAGAGGCGCUCGUGGUCCGACAUCUCUCCAGCUCGGAAUGUGCUAUACUCAUCCAGCUCUCAUAUAUCAACAUUCGGUGGGCACACAACGAAUCGCAGCCGCACCUCGAAAUACUGCAAAAUCGAUGGGUGUGAACGUGUUUCCCAACGAAACAAUUUGUGCCACAGCCACGGUGGUAAGCGCUUGUGCAAAGAGGAAGGUUGCUCCUCCAAGGAUCGUGGCAAUGGUUUCUGCAUUAAGCACGGAGGUGGUAAAAUUUGCUCGAUGCUUGGCUGUGAAAAGAAAGCUCGACGGAAGGGACUGUGUACGCAGCACUUCCGCGUCUCUGGUGAGCUCAUUUUAGCUGAUUAA